CCUUAUCUUCUUGUUUUGUCAGUUGCAAUUUUAGUGUUUAAAUUGUGUAUUUUAUUUUCCUAUCAGAAUUUGUAAUAUAUUUCUUAUUGGAUUUUAAAAUAAAAAGUUAUUUACACCACCAGAACUUUAUUUCUGUCGAAUACUCCAUAGUUCUUUAAAGUACAAUGUGUUCUUGGACUAGUAAAUAUGCCAUAUUACGGGAUCUCUCAGAAGUGCAAGGUCACGUGCCGAGCGAAGUUGCUGGCACCUCUGGCGCUGAACCUCCUCCAACGUUGCAACUUACAGAAGAGACUGAGGAGGAAUAUUUCAGCAACUGUGCUGGAGCUGGUGACUGUGUGAUAGCUCCACCUGACUUAAGCCUCAUUAAGGAAAUGUUGGACAUGGUGAAGGAUGAUAACUCCACAUCACCAAUUUCUGGUGAAGGAGAUGGUGAAAACAAAGCAAGAAUAAACACAAAUUGUACCAAAUUUAUACCAAAAGACACAAAUGAAACGACAAACAAAAUUGCCAGUCCAAAAACAAUAAUACAGGAUGAUAAAGAAAAAAACGUCAAAUCGAAAAAAUUAAGAAAUGCUGCAGUUAUUUCUUUACUGGAUGCUAAGAAUGAAACAGAUACAAUGAAACUUUUGAAACCCAAUGAUUUUCUAAACAGCAAUGUAAAUGAAUCUUUUUCAAAAGCAAAUAAAGAUAAUGCUAUAGAAAGUAAUAUAAGUGAAUCCCUUCAGAAAGUGGAUGAGCGGCAGAAUUCUCAAUCCCAAAAUGGAUCUGUAUUGCCAAAUUUAACAUCUAGUGUAAGCAUGUUCAAAAAGAAAAAUUCUGUAAAAAAUAAGUCUAAUGAUUCUCAAGUGGUGAUGAAAAAAGCUAUUGAAAAUUAUACUCCAUCGGGAUGUGCAACACAAUAUUAUGAGAAGUAUGUAGAGAACGCUAAACUAAAUGAGUCCAAACAUGAAGAUAUUUGGACAAGGUUGGAACAUAUGAUGAGAGAAGCUGAUGCCAAAAAGAAAACAGAAAUGGCUAAUCAUGAGGUCACCUGCAAAGAACAGGAAACAACAGCGGUCGACAGAUUGGACGUGGUAAGGUUACGACAGCAUCGGCACGAACUGACCGGAGAAUGCAUAGUAUGCAAAGUAAUGUGUACUAGUACAUAGAAUACUGUGAAAUAUUAACAACUCUGUGAUACAUAGCAAUAAGGU